GCCCGGCAGCAUUUCAAAGAAAACCUUCCGCGGACUUCGGAAGACUCUCGCACAAGGUGGGUAAGUGAUGAACAAAUAAAUAAGUAAAUACUUAUGAUAAACCUCCAACACCGGAUUCAGUCGUUAGAAAUAGUGACAAAUGUGUUUAAGUUACUUGUGGAAUGCGCACCUCAGCCACACAUAGAAUAUAUAAUAAUAAGCCCAGUCGUCCUGGACUUAUUAGAAAUGUAACUCCUCCGUUAGAGGCGCGUAAGAUGCGCUUCUAGUGUAACUGCGAUUGUGUUUGCGCUUCUCCUCCUCGCUGCCCGCUCUUGAGUCGGCAGUGAAAGCCGUCUGAGCCCAUGACGGCUCGUGAAGCGACUCGUUCUUGUCCUGAUCGUGGACUUCAUUGCAUCACAUUACCUUUAAUUAAAAUAAAUAAAGAAAAAAAAAAUCAAUCAAUCAGUCCUCGCUGGAUUUCAACUUGCUUUGGCAGAAAGACGUGACUUUAAUUUGUGGGCUAAGUGCUUUUCGCUCGUUUUCAAGGUAUCGCAUCGGGGCUGGGUUUCAGUGGGAAGCCCUUGUGUCACAAGUUGUGAGUUACUGUAAAAAAGGGAGUUGGGGACAUUUGCGCGAAGGGAACCGGUGAGAUCGAUCGAUCGAUCGGUACGAGCGCCGCCCAGCUGCAGCCCCACGUCGCGCCUUCAUACGGACACAAGGGUAGGAACCUGAUCAAGGCUCUUAAAGCAAGAGGUGGGAUUUGAAUUUGGACUUUUGAAGUGCUGCAGUUCCGAGCACCAUUCUACCUGCCAAUAGUUAAUUAUUGCGUAUGAAGUGGUUGCUGCUUCUAGAAUGCACAUCUGAUCAACCAUGGAUCACCUUUGAUGCCUUCUGAGAAGCUGAAAAUGAGCCUGUCCUACCAGGAGGUGGACAGCCUGGAGGGAGCCUCCUGUGUGUCCGAGCUGUCCAGUCGCACCUCUGGCCUGAGUUCCACUGGGAGCUCUGCAACCCUCCUGUCCUCCUUGAGCCUGCAAAAGAAGGUGGACCCUCAAGGAUACGAUGUAGAGUUCGAUCCGCCGCUGGAACUCAAGUACAAGUGUCCCAUGUGCAUGCUGGGUCUCCGGGCAGCUGUGCAGACGCCCUGCGGACACCGCUUCUGUCGCGGCUGCAUCGAGAAGUUUAUCCGUGAUUCGGGUCCCCGAUGCCCGGUGGACAACGAGGAGCUGCAGGAGGAUCAGCUCUUCCCAGAUAACUUUGCAAAGCGUGAGAUUCUGUCCCUCACUGUGAUCUGCCCCCACGAGGACUGCGACCAGAGGAUGGAGCUCCGCAAGCUUGACGGUCACAGGGCGCUCUGCCAGUUUGCCCUGGUGCCGUGCCCAAUGUGCCAGGACUCGGUGAGGAAGAACCAGCUGGAGGAACAUGCUGCACAGCACUGCCUGCGCUGCCUAGUCUCCUGUCCCAACUGCGCACAGAUGUUCAUUUACACAGAGAGAAAGGUUCACGAGCAGCUGUGUCCUCUGGCCGGUGUGGUGUGCGAGUACUGUGGUGUGGAGCUUAUUCGGGACCAGCUGGUGUCACACUACAACACCGAUUGUCUUAAAGCUCCUGUCGCCUGUCCCUGCAGCAGCUUCGGAUGUCAGGAAAAGAUGCAGCGCAGCGCCCUUGCACAGCACAUGCAGGAGUUCACACAGAUCCAUAUGCGGCACAUGGCAGACUACCUGCGCAGCCAGAGCAACGGCAGCAGCGUGCCAGCACCUCGGGAGCCCACGGACGGCAGAGGGGUGGCGAGAGCUAGGGGUUCCUGUGAGUGCAGUCAGCAGUGGCAGGACCUGCGCAAAAUUAUGCUGGAGCUGGAGGCCAGGCUGGUGCUGCAGGACCACCAGGUGCGGGAGCUGAGCAUCCGCAACACCACACAAGCCGCCCAGGUGGCAGAUUUGCGCAGACGACUGCGCUGCCUGGACGAGACGGUGCGGGAGCUUGAGGCACAGCAGUGCCAGGGGGUCUUCCUGUGGCGGGUGGAGGGAUUCUCCGCACUUCUGCGCAGCCAAGAGGCAGGCCAGCCGGUGGUCAUCUAUAGCCCUGCCUUCUACAUGGGUCGUCCAGGGUACAAGCUGUGCCUGCGGCUGCACCUGCAGACACCCAGUGCCCCAUGCUGGGCGAACUACAUGUCCUUGUUUGUGCACACCAUGCAGGGAGCGUUUGACAACCAAUUGUACUGGCCACUGCGGGGCACCAUCCGGCUAGCCAUCCUAGACCAGGCAGAGGGCCACCACUACGAGAGAGUGAUGGAAGCUAACCUGGACCUGCACGCUUUUCAGAGGCCCGUGCUCCCCUGCAACCCCAAGGGCUUCGGCUACGUGACUUUCCUCCACCUCCAGGUGCUGCAGGAGCACCAGUACGUGCAGGACGACACCUUGCUGGUGCGCUGCAAAGUUACUCCCUAUUGUGCCCCCAGCCUGCAGCAGGACACCUUUCAGUCACGUGACGCCGAAGUGUCUCUAUGAUCUCCACACCAAGAAGAGGUGCAGUGCAGGAAACGAACAGCUCAGAUUUAAAACAGUGCAAAAGCUUGAUGUGCCACAAAAAAGUAAAAUUUUAUACCACAGUUAAUGAGAUUUGGACUCUUCAGGGUCUUAAUAACAAAAUUAUUCCUUAUCAUUCCUGCUGUCACGUCUUAAAGAAUAUUCACCAGACAGAAUUCUACUUUAUGUAUUUUAAGGUGUUGUUCUGUACCUUUCAAAGAAAAUAAAAAUAUCAA